AUGUCGGACAAGAUCAGUUUCCUACCAUUAGAGGUACUUCUCUCCAUCCUGGCGUACCUACCUUUUGAGUCUCUCCUCGCCUUUGGAGAAACAUCUCACGCGAAUUUCAAGUCUCACGCCCUUUGCUUGAGACGUCUUCGAGUCGGAGUGUUCGAAAAGCGAGUCCAUUCCAUGAUCUCUCUACUUCAGGCAGGCUGGGCUACACCCGAUCAACUUUCUUCAUCUCAUGAGAACGAUGGUUCCAGGAGUGACUAUACAAUUUCCGUGAUCCAACCAGGCGUCUAUGCAAAGCAAGGAUUGGAUGGAAAGCCACAUGCUAAAUGCAAGCUGCAAAGAAAGCGGGCCAUAAGACCACUAGACGCUCAGGAGCAGACGGUACAAGCACAGAACAAAGUUCUUGCGCGACUGAUGGAUCGAUACGGGCCUUCAUUGGUCAAGCUUGAGUUCAUGGCCUACGAUCUUGAUGUCGAUGGAGCAAAAGCGCUCGGCACCAGAUGUAGACACGCGCUGCGCUAUCUGGCACUGCGUUUCGAGCAUCCACAUAUCCGCGACGGGCCGAUGAGGCCAACCGCUUGGUAUUAUCCUGCGCCGGGUAGCACUGCUUGGAACUUACUCGCGGGCAUAGGGAACCCCAAGGACAUAGGGAUUACCGGCCUUGAGACUCUGAUAUUGGAACGAUCAGGCAUCACGCCAUGGCAAUUGGCGAUGCUUGUGGGGAAGAAUCCUAGGCUGAGAGUCUUGAAGCUGAGGACCUGCCGUGGUGCCCAGCCGGAGUUUUUGAAUUGGCUUGGAGGCGUUCAAAAGGAUAAAGACAAUGCAGCGACAGAAGGCCAGAAACUGGCACCUGGUGCGAAGCUCGAAGUUCUGUGGCUGGAGAAUUGUCACCGUCUACUAAGCCAUCCAAUAGAUGAGCAAAAACUUAAGCAGUUGCCAGACGGCCCCUGUGAUGAGGGCUUUGAAUGGGUCAGAAAUCUGUCAAACUUGCAAUCUCUUUCUUUCAGGGAGUGUGCAUGUAUAUCGUCCGAAUCAAGCUCUAGCUCUCACUCCUGGCAGUCUGCCUUGCAGAAGGUAUUCCGCAGACGCUCAUCUGAGUCGAAGGGUAAACAACCUGCUUUGGAUGACGAUUUCGAAAUCGGUGAACACAAGGACGGCUUCUACAAGUAUUCUCAAGAGAUGCUUGAAGAGAAAAAAGAAAGAUUCGAGUCUCGCACGAUGCGUGCUCCGGAUAGUGCCGAAGUUUUUUACAUGCGUACUUCAGGAAGUGCCCGAAUUUCUUACAUGCGUACUUCAGGCAGUGCCGAAGUAUCUUACAUGCGUGGUUCAGACAGUACCGAAGCUUCUUACGCUUCAGCUCAGAUGCCACCCAUCGAAACUCCGAGUCUUCCUUAUACCAUCAGUUCGUCUGAAUGGCACUCUUUCGCUGCCCGUGAACAGCUUCUCGACAAUCCUUAUGGAAGGGCGGCUGCAGCGAAAUUUGGCAGUGUCAUCAGCGUCUUCUCGAAGGUUUAUACCAUUGCCAAAAUCCUUGCUUGGGCACUCAGGAUGUAUGGCGUGGAGUUAGACGACGCUCCUGGAGGUAUGCUGGCUCAUCUCAAGGACGCCGAAGCUGUUGUGAAUACAGAUUCUCUUGCUGAACUCAUCGAGGGCACCGAAAAGCUUUAUUAUUCUCUGUAUGCGAGACUGGUUAUGGAGAUUGCUAACGUUGAGCUCUGUGGUCACUUCGACCUUAACCUGCGCCGCAUGCUCAUUAAGGAAACGUUCACCCUUCCUGAAACUAGUCAUCUCCGUGACAUAUUCAUAACAUUCAAGGACGUCCUGGACGCCCCGGAAGUUUGCAGUGGCCUUGAUUACGACCUUGUUAAGCAGCACCAGGACUCGAUCAUUCGCCAUGCUACCGACAAGCUUGCCAUCACUGGCUUCUCUGCGCACGAUCUUAUCGGUUAUCGUACCUCCAUCUUGAAGAUUGUCUCCGACGAGACUCAUCCUUUCGUUCUGAAGUGGAGAGGCCUCGUUUACCUGUAUCAGAUGCCGGGCGUCGAAACGAUCACCAUGAUGUCGGAGAAGUACCUGACUAUCAUGCCAAAGGUGACGGCUACCGAUGACUUUCCAGCGACUGAACUUCCGUUCGUCAACCGCGACUCAAUUCAGCUAGAAAUUUGGCAGCGCGAGAACGUCCUUGAUAACCGUCAGGCGACCCUGGCGAAGCUCGAGGGCAGGAGCGUCGGAGACAUCAGACGCGAUGACGGCAGACGUCGCCUCCUUGAUUUCGUCAAAGAGAAGAAGUGCAUCUGCCGUUCAUCUUGCAGUUGCGCGACUGACUGCACAAUGGAUGUCUUGCUGCCCUGCCCCUGCUCUGAGCGCAUCCUGCGCAUCGUGCUGGCCAAGCGCCAUGAGGCUGCGGGCGAGCAGGACUUCGGCCCCAGAUGCGGCAGUUUGGCCAGAGCCUUCUUUGAAGGACUGGUAAUGGUCAGCCGUGAAGUUGCUCACUAUGAGCUCGUCGCGGAGCUGCACCGUGCCAUGCAGCUCUUCGAAGAAGUGGUGGGCAAGCAGCGCCAGGCAGUUGCCACGGGCAGUCAACUCAUCUGA